UCUGGACAUCAUCUCUCUCUUCCUUCAUCACCGCUCCGCUAAGUCUCACAACAUCGCAAUAAUGGACUAUGGAUACAGCACCACCAGCUACGGCGCUCAAGGCGGCAACAGCGGCGGCGGUUUCAUGCCAGGCUCGCAGAACGAGAACUCCGCAUCCAACAAACGCACUUACGGCAAAGAUACACUCCGUCCUGUCACGAUCAAACAACUCCUCGAUGCUCAUCACCCUCACCCCGAUGCCGACCACUUCAUGAUCGGCGAGUCAGAAACAACACAAGUCACCUUCGUUGGCCAGAUCCGUAACAUCUCCGCGCAAACCACCAAUGUCACCUACAAACUCGAUGAUGGCACUGGUAUCAUCGAAGUCAAAGUCUGGGUCGAUGCAGAUACACUCGCGGCGGAAGAGGCAGGCGGCAUGGUGAGAAAAGACAAGCCAGUGGAGCAAGGUUACGCGAGAGUCUGGGGCAGACUAAAGCAGUUCAAUAACAAGCGACAUGUCGGAGCGCAGUACAUUCGCGCGAUCGAGGAUAAUAAUGAGAUCGCAUACCAUUUGCUGGAGGCGACGGUGGUACAUUUGCACUUCGCGAAGGGACCAGUGGACCAGCUACAGCAAGGAGGACAGGCGAAUGGAGGACAACAGCAAAUUACGAAUGGCGGAGGCGGAGGUGGAGGAGGUGAUCUUGCGGGCGUAUCGACGGCGGCUAGAAAGGUGCUGCAGGCUUUGAGAGCUACACCGCAGACGAAUGAAGGAUUACAUGCGCAAGUUAUCGCGCAGAAUACGGGACUGGAAUUGACAGAGGUGUACAAGGCUGGUGAUGAGUUGAUGGGGCUGGGCAAAGUCUACACGACAGUGGAUGACAUGACCUGGGCAUUGCUGGACUUGUGAGGUGUUCUUUACGCGAUUAAUGAAAGAAGGCUUAAGAAGUGCGGGCCGAGAGAAAGCAAAAUGACUGAAAGAAGGCGAGAUACUGCGGGCAUGAUCAUGUC